AUGAAAAUCACAGUUGCGCUCGCUGCUCUCGCCGCUGCUGCGUCGGCGACCACAGAACUCCGGGGACGUCAAGAUGGACACAACGACAAGCCCUGCAAGAAGAGGCCUGAUGUCACUUCGAGAAAGCUCGAAGCCGACAUCACCUCAAAGAAGCUGCUGAGGGGCGCCCAGCAACUUCAGGACUUCGCUUACAGCUACCCAGACCGUAACAGGAUUAUGGGUGGCAAGGCUCACAACGAUACGGUCAACUGGCUGAAGAAGGAGCUUGAGUCUACCGCAUACUACGAUGUUACUCUCCAGCCCUUCUCCAACUAUGUCAUGUUGAAUGGCACAAUCAACAGCUUCACGAUCGGCGGCCAAAAUAUCAAUGCUACUCUCUUAGAGUACUCGAACUCUACCACUGGCCUUGUCACUGCGCCGUUGGUCGUUGUAAGCAACCUCGGUUGCGAGGCAGCUGACUUCCCAUCUAGUGUAGCUGGAAAUAUCGCCAUCAUCUCUCGUGGCACCUGCGACUUUGGUUUGAAGUCUGCUCUUGCUGGUGCUGCUGGUGCAAUUGGCGCUGUGGUGUACAACAAUGUCCCUGGCACCGUGUCAGCCACUCUCGGCCCGCCGCCUCGCCCUGAGGGACCAUACGUCGCGACUGUUGCCAUUUCUCAGGCGGAGGGUCAGGCCUACGUCUCCCAAAUUCAGGGUGGUGCUAAUGUGACCGCCUCUCUGGACGUCUUGACAGAUGUCCAGAUCAUCACCACCAACAACGUCUUGGCCACUAGCAAGUGCGGCGACAAGAACAACCAGCUUGCCCUUGGCGCUCACACAGACUCUGUAGGUGCAGGGCCUGGAAUUAACGAUGACGGCAGCGGCACUGUCGGCAUUCUGAACGUCGCUAAGGCCCUUGCGAAAUACAACGUCAAGAACGCUGUCACUUUCGGCUUCUGGUCUGGAGAGGAGUCUGGCCUUCUCGGCUCAACCUACUUCGUCGAAAGCUUGACCCCUGAGGAGUCUCUCAAGAUCCGCGCCUACCUCAACUUCGACAUGAUCGCCUCGCCUAACUACGUGCACCAGAUCUACGAUGGAGAUGGCAGCGCGUACGGCCUCACUGGACCUUCUGGCAGCGGUGACAUCGAGGAGUUCUUCGAGAAGUACUUCACCCGCGUCGGCGUACCCUACAACGCUACCGAGUUCAACGGCCGCUCCGACUACGGUCCCUUUUUGGAUGCUAACAUCCCUGCCGGAGGUACCACCACUGGCGCUGAUGAGGUCAAGACUGAGGAGGAGCAAAAGAUCUGGGGAGGUGUUGCUGGUGAGAUCCUUGACCAGAACUACCAUCAGGCUGGUGACACUGUCGACAACCUGAACCAGGAGGCUUGGUUGCUGCACGCUCGUGGUAUUGCUGCUGCUGUUGCCAAGUACGCCGCCUCGUGGGAGGGCUUCCCUGCUCGCACACCUGUGGGUAACAUCACUACCAAGAGGAGCGUGUCCGAGGUUCGCAAGAGCGUUACUGGCGGUAAGCGCUCGCUGAAGCUUUACUAG